AUGAAGGCCUCUUUGAAUCUGCUGUCAGCGAACAAUUUGGGAACACUUCAUUCUGUCUCUUGCUAUUGUGAUCAUCAUAACGUCGCCUCUGCAUCUGCAUCUCCUCUUACUCUCCACCAUCUCCUCCUUACUCUACCCAUCACUUUCUUACUCUCCACAUCUCUAACUUACUCUCCACGUCUCCUUACUCUCCACCACCUCCUCGUUACUCUCCACCAUCUCCGCCUUACUCUACCCAUCACUUUCUUACUCUCCACAUCUCUACCUUACUCUCCACAUCUCCUUACUCUCCACCACCUCCUCGUUACUCUCCACUAUCUCCUCCUUACUCUUCAAAUCUCCUCUUUACUUUCCCUACCCUUCUACCUUCAGCAUAAACUUCUCUCCCUUCGUCUCAAAUUUCCCAAACAUUUCUGUCUCUCUCUCUCUCUUUUUUCCAACUCCUCUUGUCUCUAUAAGCUUUCUUUACUUCUUUUUUCUAUUUUUUUACUUUUCACAUCCUUUUUCUCUUCUCAAAAUUAUCACCAUUUCUAUUUUUCACCUCGCAUCUCCCACUCUCUUUUCUCUCACGCACUUCCUCUCUUCUUUCAGAUGCUCUCUCUCUCUCUCUCUCUCUCUCUCUCUCUUUCCUUCUCACUCGCUUUUUCCUCUCUCUAA